GGUAAUCCAUUCACUCCAGAGCGUCCUUCCGUGGCUGAAUUGGAUCUCACCCAGCAGUUAAAAUAUGAACACGAGCUGGAGAAAGAAUAUGACCGACGUUUGCGUCUAGUCGAACAGAGAAAUGAAGAACUGUUCAAGGAAGCUGCUGAAGAGUACACACGUACAGUCGAGCGUCUUGAGAAUAAGUACAUACGCCCCACUCCCGGUGGUUGCUGCACAGCGGCAGAGCAACGGGUUGAGGACUGCUACCAAGCCAAUCCUGGCAAGACAUUGUUAUGCUCUAAAUUAGUCGCGGAGUACGUACGCUGCGUCAAUAAUUUCCGUCUGGCCACUGCCCGACGUGAGACUGUGUACAGUGUUUCCGUCGCGGAGCGAAGUCCAGUGGAAACAGUCGGAUUUGUUUGCGGUCCUGGUUGGCUAAUUUAA